GCUUUGCACAUAUUGCAAUGGCGGCUUCUUGUAUCCCUUUACAAAUUCGAACCCAUAAAAUAAGCAAUUCUCUGGUCCAAUGCUCAAUCCAAACUCCCAAAUCCAACAAUAUCAAGGUGAUCAUCAAUGGUGCAACAAAGGAAAUUGGCAAGGCUGCAAUAGUUGCAGUGACCAAAGCCCGAGGAAUGGAGGUGGCUGGUGCAGUUGAUACCGUUCUCAUAGGACAAGAUGCUGGAAAGGUAUCUGGCAUGGAGGAGCCUCUGGAGAUUCCUAUACUUAGUGAUUUAACUAUGGUUUUGGGUUCUAUAUCUCAGUCACAAGCAACCGGCGUCGUAGUAGAUUUCACUGAACCUUCAACUGUCUAUGACAAUGUGAAACAGGCUACGGCCUUUGGCAUGAGAAGCGUUGUUUAUGUGCCUGGAAUGAAGUUGGAUACAGUAGCUGCACUCUCUGCAUUUUGUGAGAAGGCCAGCAUGGGAUGCCUCAUUGCCCCAACUCUAUCAAUAGGCUCUGUUCUUCUACAGCAAGCUGCAAUCUCAGCUUCCUUUCACUAUAACAAUGUGGAGAUUGUUGAAUCCAGACCGAAUGCAUCUGACCUUCCAUCCUCGGAUGCAAUCCAGAUAGCUGACAACAUCUCAAACCUUGGUCAGUUAUACAAUAGGGAUGAUAUCUCAACAGACAUUUUGGCCAGGGGUCAAGUGGUUGGUGAAGACGGCAUUCGUGUCCAUAGUUUGGUUUUGCCAGGUCUCCCUUCAAGCACCACAGUCUACUUCUCUGGUCCAGGAGAGGUCUACUCCCUUAAACAUGACAUAACAGAUGUGAAAUGCUUUAUGCCAGGCCUACUAGUGGCUAUCAGGAGGGUUGUUAGACUCAAGAAUCUGGUAUAUGGGUUGGAGAAGUUCUUGUAGAGAGAGAAUAAUGUUACCAUUAUCCAUCAGAAAAUGUUCAUUACAUGUUUUUGUCAGAAUACUAGAACAGUUUCCUCGAACAAUUUGUCAUGCCAAAACAUAUGAGAUUUUGCUUAAUUCACAAUGCAACAUUGGACACUGCAACUGUGAUUCAACUGUACACAUGAGAGAGAGAGAGAGAGAGAGAGAGAGAGAGAGA